UGGGAAGCGAACAGUAUAAUAUCUCUGAAGUGGGAAAACUCGAAAAUAAAAAGAACCUUCACCGAUGGGCGAACCCAAACCCGAAUGUCUAAUCCUUGUAACCCGAGACCCGAACGGGAUCGGGUAUAUCACGAUCAACCGUCCGAAAUCGUUGAACUCGUUGACCAAGUCAAUGAUGACGGAUAUGGCCCAGGCGUUUAAGUCCUUGGAUAAGGACCCUUCUGUCCGGGUGAUAAUCUUGUCCGGAUCGGGUCGGUCGUUCUGUUCGGGCGUCGAUCUUACUGCGGCGGAGGACGUGUUCAAGGGAGAUGUUAAGGAUAUCGAGUCCGACCCGGUUGCGCAAAUGGAGCGGUGCAGGAAGCCGAUAAUCGGAGCCAUUUCCGGGUUCGCGGUGACGGCUGGAUUUGAAAUCGCGCUCGCUUGUGAUAUCUUGGUGGCAGCUAAAGGAGCUAAAUUUAUGGACACUCAUGCCAGAUUUGGUAUAUUUCCUUCAUGGGGUCUUUCGCAGAAGCUUUCGCGAAUUAUUGGAGCUAAUAGAGCUCGUGAAGUAUCUAUAUCGGUGAUGCCUGUAACUGCUGAGCAGGGUGAGAGGUGGGGCUUGGUGAACCAUGUUGUUGAAGUAGGUGAUUUGCUGAAGAAAGCCAAAGAAGUUGCGGAGGCCAUCAUAAAAAAUAAUCAAGAUUUGGUGUUGAGGUACAAGGCAGUCAUAAACGAUGGUCUGAAGCUGGACCUUGGCCAUGCUCUUCAACUAGAAAAGGAGAGUGCUCAUAACUAUUACAAUGGAAUGACCAAAGAGCAGUUCAAGAAAAUGCAGGAGUUCAUAGCUGGCCGGGGUGCAAAGAAGCCUUCGCCUAAGCUGUAAAUUCAAGAUCUACUGUGUUAUGGUUACCUAAAAAAAAUAAAUAUGUUGGACUUGAGCCCAAAAGAUGGGGAGUUUGACAUGAAAAGAAGUUGGAUCCUCUUAAUACUGCAGAUGCAAACACUUCUAUUAAGUUUUAUGUAUAGUGUGAUUCAAUCAAUUGAUCAUC